CUGAAUCUUGUUUGGCUCACUUGACAACAGUUAUUACAAUAUAAUACAUUUUUUAUUUUUUUGAAUUAAAUUUUAGUUUUUUUUUUUAUUGCUAAAAUGUGUACUUUUAAUUCUUAUAGUCUUGUUGUGGUCAUGGUUUAACUAUGACGUAAUUGUCUGUUCAUUUGUCUGAAAUUUUGGAUUUUAUUUUCAAAUUUUAAUUAAUUAAUUUAAUUUCUACAAUGUCUAAACAGAAUAUAGAAGUCUCAAUUUUAAAGUCAUAUCCUCAUCACAACAUGUUAAAUUACUGCGAAAAUAGGCCAAAGUAUAGACAAGGACGAAAACUUACAGCAAUUAAGGUUUACACUGUGAAUGAUGAGUCGCAGCAUUUGUUGAUCAGAGGUGUGCCAUCUAUCAAUUUACACGAUGAAGUGGAAAAAUUAUGUAAGCGUUACGGUAAUAUAUUACGUAUUCGACAAGUGCAAUUUGAAGACCAAGAAGAAUUUACUCAUAGUUUUCAUGUGAUAUUUAUCCAGAUACAAUCUGCCAGAUUUGCAAAAAAACAAAUGGACACAAAAAAUUUCUUUGGUGGUAUUUUACAUGUUUGCUAUGCACCUGAACUUGAAUCCAUUGAACAAACUAGAUCAAAAUUACAGUUGAGAAUAAUAGAAGUUAAAAAACAUAUUAAUAAGAUUGGUUUAGACCAUACCUAUAAGAAAGAAACAUCUGCGUUAUUACAAUAUGAUCUUUCUAGCUCAUCUCACGAUUCAAUGUUACAAAGUUGUAGUUCUAAUUCUCAAAAACAAAAUCGUUGGGUUGAAGGAGGUCUUAAGUGUUCAUAUAUCAUACCAAAGCCUAAUCCUUUAAACACUAAAAAAGAAACAAUAAAAAAGAAAUCUAAUGUUAAAGAUUUGACUCCAUUAGACUCGAAUACACUGAAGUUUGUUCCUAGACAACUGCGUGCACCAUAUCCAGAAUCCAAAACUAAAAAACCUAAUCGUAUUAUAUUCCAUUGACAUAUUGACAUUUUGAUAAUAGAUAAGUUUAGUAUUGUCUGUGUAUA